AUUUUGCUAUUUUUUCAGGUGGGGAAGGUGAUUUUUUAAGCUAUUUUUGAAUAAUAAUAAUGGACGGGCAUAGGCAUUCGGUUGAUAUACCUAUUUCAAAAGCUUUGGUUGCACUUAGGAGAGUGAGGUCAUUGAGAGAUCCAUCUACUAAUUCAAUGAGUAGGCAUUGUUUUGUUGAUAAUUUGAACUGGGAUACCAGCUCAUUUACUGGUAUUUCACUUGGAAUGGAAGAUGGUGUUAUGAUUGAAGGUGUAGGAGAUGAAGUGGAACGAUUUAUGUUGGCUAAUCAGUCGAGAAAACCGGAUUCUGAAUUCGAGAAUGUUAGUACUGUUUGUAGAAGGAAACAAGGAUUGAGAUUAUCAGCCCAUGAAAUUGUUUCUGGUAAGAAAACUAUGAGUGAACGUUAUUGCAAUGGGUUUUUAGACGGAGGAUUGGAUUCAGCAAGUUUAACACCUAAGAGACUUUCACAGCAUGAAAAGCAUAAUAGAAUGUCUAAAGAGGCUGUUCGUGACAUUAUGAGUUUUACAGGUAGUCCUUGUUUAUCUGGCAAUAAUGUUUCGUUAUUAGGAAACGAUGAUAAUCGUCAAAAUGGAUGUGGGAUAUCUUGUUGUUGGUCAGCCACUCCUACUCUUAGGGAAUCGAGUGUUAAUUCUGAUGUUGAAGGUCAGCCAUUGUUAUCAGGGGAAUUAGGAAAUACAUGGAAACAUGUAAAAGGUGACAUUUCUUCUGCUCAUAUGGAGAGCCCCUGCAAUCUGAGUAAUAAGUUCAGGCCAAAGACAUUUAAGGAUUUGGUUGGCCAAACUGCAGUCAUAAGGUCUCUCAUUAGUUCCAUUGCCAGUUCUAAGAUCAUAUCGUUUUAUCUUUUUCACGGGCCUCGUGGAACAGGAAAGACUUGUACUUCAAAAAUAUUUGCUGCUGCACUUAAUUGUCUUGCUUCUAUGGAGGAUAGGCCAUGUGGUGAAUGCAGAGAAUGUGUUAUGAUUUCUUCAGGAAGGGGUAGUGAUGUGAAUAAUAUAGAUUCGACGAGAGUAAAUAGGGGAGAUAAGGUUAGAUCUCUUAUGAAGCUUGCGGCUAUCCCACCUGUUUCUUCUCGGUUCAAGGUAUUCAUAAUUGAUGAAUGCCAUUUACUGAAAGAGGAAACAUGGGCGAUUAUUUUGAAUAACUUGGAUUCCAUUUCUCGACAUGUUGUGUUUGUUAUGAUCACUCCAUAUUUGGAAAAGCUUCCCCGGGUUGCAAUUUCGCGUUCCCAAAGAUAUCAUUUCCCGAAGAUUAAAGAAGCUGAUAUUACUAGUAGACUAAGGCAAAUCUGCACCGAAGAAGAACUACUUUUUGAACAAGUUGCUCUAGACUUCAUUGCUAUGAAAUCGAAUGGCUCACUUCGCGAUGCAGAGAUGAUGCUCGAGCAACUGAGUUUACUUGGAAAAAGAAUUACCCUGACACUGGUUUAUGAUCUAAUUGGAGUUGUUUCGGAUGAUGAGUUGGUUGAUUUGCUAGAUCUAGCUUUGUCAUCUGAUACUUCAAAGACGGUUAGAAAGGCGAGGGAGCUUAUGAGCUCAAGGAUCAGUCCUAUGCAACUGGUGACUCAGCUCGCAAACCUUAUAAUGGACAUACUUGCUGGUAAAUGCUAUGAAGGGAUUUCUGAAGCCAGGAGGAGGUUCUGCAGUAGAUACACUUCAGAGACCAGUUUGCAGCAGCUAAAUCAUGCACUUAAAAUUCUUUCUGACGCUGAGAAGCAAUUGAGUGCAUCGAAAAAUCAAAUGACAUGGCUGACUGCAGCCCUAUUACAGCUGAGCUCCAUCGGAUCUUGUUUGGAUGUCAAUGGUUCAACAUUAUGCUUAACAACAGUAAAUGCAAGAGAAAGUGAUUGUAGCACAUCAUCUACCAGUGAGAGCAUGAAGUAUCUUAUAGCUUCUGGACACAAGAAGCCAGAAUCACAGAAUUCAGCUAAGCAUGAAGGCGUAGAAUUGCAACCAAUAUGGAACAAAACCAUUGAGAUAUGUGAAUCUAGUUCUCUGAGGAAACUCUUGAAAAGACAUGGGAAAUUAUCUUCUAUUUACUUUGUCCAAGGUCUGGCUGUUGUUGAAUUGGCAUUUCAUCACUCACGCUAUGCAUCUAAAGGCGAGAAAUCUUGGAAACUAAUUGCCACUGCGCUGCAGUCUGUUUUGGGUUCUAAUGUUGAGAUUCGCAUUCAGAUUCUCCAUUCUAACUCGGUUACCCAAUACACUAAAUUCAAGAUGCCAUCUUUUAGUUUCUUCAGCUGUUCCCGCAGGCACCGGGAACCAACUAAUUCCAGACAUGAUUUGUCAGACCAUUCCGAUUCCACAUUUGAUAGAGCUAUUACUAGAGACAAAUCUGUUGACGUUCUUUCUUCCAAAUGUGCGUCUCAAAUCUCUAGUGGCUUCUGUAGGAGAGAAGUAACUGCUUGCACAAUAAGAGAUUUCCGAGGGAAUGCUCUGAGCGUUCAAACGCCUAGUAGAAUCUCGACAGAUCAUAUCACAGUGAAUGGUCAGUCCGGGCUUGCCAGCUGCAGUUGCCAGUAUUUGACUCCUGAAGUGCCAGAUAAGCAUCCCGGCUGUCUUUACUCUGCACUGAAACUUCCAAAGAAGGAAGAACUUUCCAUUACUCCUCAUAUAUGCAUGAGUUCCCAACCACAAAAUCAUAUCCCACUUUCGAUUAUGAAAGAGUUUUCUGAAACACAUAUCUGUGGUGAUAGGCGUCAUUACUCCUGUAAAGACACUGAUCGCAAAACAAGGGAGGACUCAGAGAUGAAUUGCUGGACCAACUCAUCUUCUCAUCUUGGGAAGCAGGUGAAGGAUCAAGGGCAAAGAAGCUUUGUGGGAUUAAUCCUUCCCUGUACAGCUGCCAAGUAAUUUAUUAAUUUGUCUUUAAAAAAAAGUAUGGAUUGAUCUAUUGUUCCAAGUUAUUUACUAAUUUGGGAAUUGGAAUCACAUUAUUUGAAUGGAGGAGCUUUUUGUGUUCUCUAACUUAACAUGUACAUGCCAUUACUCAUUUAGUUUAUCUUAUAUUUAA